AAAUGAAAUUGAGUGUACGUUGAUCGUCGUAACGCGUUUGGAUUGAAAUUAUUGUUGCUCACUCCAGAUCCGAAAUCUACAACUUACAAGUUGUUCAGUCAUGGCUUCCACUCUUGAGAGCUACGUUAAUCACACUGUGUCAGUAAUUACCAACGAUGGAAGACAAAUUGUGGGAACUUUGAAAGGGUUUGACCAGACUAUCAAUCUUAUUCUUGAUGAGAGCCAUGAGAGGGUUUACAGCAAUACAGCAGGAGUGGAACAGGUGGUUCUAGGACUCUACAUCAUCAGAGGAGACAACAUAGCUGUUAUAGGAGAGGUAGACGAUGAUGUGGACACUGGUCUUGAUCUUCCUAACAUCCGAGCCGAGCCCCUCAAUGCAGUGGUCCACUGACAUCAGCUCCUCAGUAUGAACUACAUGUAGUAUAAGAUACUGCUUAACCUGGAGUUGGUACAACACAGUUAGGACAGAAAGACAAUUGAAAGCAGAAAAUAUGAUGGAAAGAAUCAGCAACCCAGACCUUCUUGGGCCAGACUACAUCAUGUACAUCAAAGUUUCAUUCAAGAAGGUUCCAUGCUGCGCCCUGGAAAAUGAAUCAGGCCAAGGAGAUGUCCAGACCAUUUAUGGUUAGAAUAGAAUGAUGUAUGAUGAUGAUGACGGUAGUGAUGAAGAGGAUGAUAAUGAUGACAUGCAUUUGAAACCAUCUGCCAUAGAAAGAGUGGAUGUGACUGCAAUUGCCAGACCACUGAGGUACUACUAUGGGCUUUGACAAUCAUAUAUCAUAGAAAGACCACAGCCUUACAAAGACCAUAUGUUUUGUACCACUUUUAUAGUAUUUUUAAAUUCAAAUCUGGACGUUAAGCCCACCUGCCUACAUGUAUAACACUUUUCUUUGUCUCCAUUGAGCAGUCCUUAUAUACAGGUUUCUGUUUUUAGAUUUAAUUCUGUUUUAUUCCACUUUAAGAUAUGUUGCUCAAGGAGGACGUCAAGACCUGGUAAGGGUGAAAAUUUACCAACAAAAAUGUCAAGCUUGUUCGAAGAGGAAAACAAACGUAUUCUUCAAGUUUUUUUUAAGCCUUUCAUUUAAGGGCAAUUCAACUCUUGAGAUAAGUUAACUUUUAUGAAAGCAGUAAAAUAAGAUGAACAAAAUGCUGAAAAUUUGAAAAAUGGGACCAAUAAUAAGAAAGUUAUGAAUGUUUGAAACAUGAAAGCAGUAAGUCUAAACAAAUGUCAAGUCGGCAGUUUGGUCAGUAGUGGAUUGUGAGGUAGUUGCAGAUAACUCUCCUGUUUGUUGUCUACCAAAAUAUUAUUAAUAUCUGUUUUUUCUCCUAAGUGCCUUAUCUCUUGGGACACUACUCAAAAUAUAUUAUUGAUAGCAUUUCAUAUGUCCUCUAAAGAGCAUGAUAGACCCCUCCCUGAGUCAUAAAUUUGUGAAAAGUUGAAAUUGUGUGUGUUGGAACAAAUGGGAAAGUUGUCUACCACUACAUCAUAGAGACAUUACAGAAUCAGCCAAUUUGAAGAGCCCAUACCUAUAGUGAUUACAACUUUUAAAAAAUCAUAACUUUCUCAUUAUCCCCCAAAUUCAUUCUAACUUUUACUAGUCUACUUGAGUGGUUUUGCUGUCAAGGUUGGAUUUCAUUAAGGGCUAAAUGUGCCUGUUUAUAUUUUUCUUUUAUUGCUACAUUAUUUUAAUUAAAUGUCUCUGAAAACAAUUUUAGUAUGUACUUUUGUCAACAAUUAAAAAAAUUACCAUUAAAAAAAAAAAAAUGGUUGACUUUAAACGUGUUGCUAAUUUAAGAAUUUUAAAGCUCAUUCUCCAUAUCAGAUUUCCGACAUGAAAGGAUAUAUGGUCAUGCAACAAAAAUGGAUGCAGUGUGAGUAUGUGCAGAAAUUUCGCUCCUUCUACUCAUGCAUAAAUCUGAUGAUAUAUAUUUUAGGGCUCUGGAUCAAAAGUUAUUAAGCCAAACCACAAAAUGUGGAAUGACGAAGAGUAACAGACAUCAUCUUGACCUUUAGUAUGGCACGUAUGUGACUUCUUAAUCCCAAGCUCUUCUUCUAUGAUUCAGAGAGUAAACAUGUACAUGUAUCUUUUCCAUGAAAGUGAAGCAAUAAUUUGUUAAGAUAUAUUGAUAAUUUUGUAAUUGACAUAUUUCAGGUACUCAUGUUUAGCAUGGAAUGUUUUACUGAUGAACCUGGAUUCCUGGAACCAUCUACAUGUAGUAGAUUUACAAAUGUUCAAGAUAUUUAGUUUCUUUGACCUUGAUCUCUAGACAUCGAGUCUGAGAGAGUGAAUUUUGAUUUUAUUAUUUUUAAAAUCAUAUUGUACAGUCUUUGCUUAUUCAAUAUCGCAACUUUUUAUUCCAAAAUGAUUUUGUUUUUACUCUUUAAGUUGAUAAUCUCAUUUUCAUGAAAAGAGUAUGCCUUGAAUAUCCCCAUAAUUAAGGAUGUGUACAUUCUGUUUCAGGUGUAGAUACAUGUAUCUGAUUUCACUUUUUACCUUGCAAGUUUUUAUUAAAGAAAUAAAAUGUUGAGUACUUCACAUUGAAA